AUGAUCGGACGUAUUACCAGGAGCAUGACUCGCGGAACGACCGCUGCCCCCGCCCCUCGCGUCGCCGCCGCUGCCGCUCCCAUCCCCACCCUCACCACCGCCCCCACGAAGAAGGUCAAGGCCAAUGUCGCGAGCCGUGCGGCGAAGAAGUUCGUCGAGACCGCGAAGAAGGUCGCCACGAGCCGCAAGGUCGCCCGCGCCGACCACCCCCAAGCCGAAGCAGGGCCGUCCUCAGCCAUCGCAGGGACCACCACGGCCGACGAUCCCCAACCACCCGUCGCCCCGAAGGCGACUCGGGCUCGCAAGGCGUCGCAGCCCAAACCCAAGGCCGACGCGCAGAAAAGCGCCGCCUCCGAACAGGCGAAGACCGCAGCCCCUGCGGCCGAGCUCGAGGCCCCCGCAGCUCCCGCCGCAGGUGCGGCGCGCAAGCGCAAGACGUCUGUGGUAGAGAAGGACGACGUGGAGACGCAAAGCGUCCCCGAACCGGCAGAGGCGAAGAAGAGGAAGCGGACCACGUCCACCGGGUCCACCAAGUCCACCCAGGUCACCAAGGCCGCAAAAAAUUCCCCACCCUUGGCUGACCCGUUCAUUCUCCAUUUGCCCUCUACAUCUCCGAACCCCCGUCUUCCACCUUUCCCCGAGGCGCCCGCCUACCAAUCCCACCUCCCAUGGGCAGGGCGUCCGGAGCGGCCGUCGCUGGCCACCGUCAACCUCCCCGUUCCUCCCGCUCCCGCUCCCAUCCCCGCUCCCACCUCCACGCCGACCCGCCCUCGUGCACGCAAGACCCUCGCCGACUACGAGGCGCUCCAGCAGUCCGUCAACGCGCUCACCGCCGCCGGCGGGCUCGCGGACCCGGAGAUCAUCCGCCAAUUUGAGAACCUCGACGAGCCGUAUAUUCUCCUCAACGGCGACCUGGAGAACAACAACAAGAAGGCGCUCGUCAGCGUGCUCGACAAGAGCCUCAACCCGCUCUGGCCCGCCAUCGCCUGGGUGCGCCGGGACAUGGACUUCUACCUCGCCGACGUCCGGGAAGAGCACCACAAGGCGCGUCAGGCGGCUGGGCGUCCGGAAUCGAACUCCCAUAAGGACAUCGAGCUCGGGGAGAGCAGCGACGAGGACGACUGGAAGGACGAGGAGGAGCGCCUCACGAGCCUGAUCCACAUGCAUCAACAAGAGGACACAGGGCCUGACUACGGCCCGAUCGUCCAGCCGAGCGAAGAUGAGAUCCGGCGCGACCAGCCCCAACUCGCCGCUCGGCUAUUGGCCAAGCAGGAGAUCGAGCGGAGGCGUGCGUCGCAGGGGCUCGCCCGCGAUGCGGACAAAGCGGACGGCCGCGGGAAGCCCCGCAAGAGCAAGAGCAAGGGCAGGAGCAAGGGCAGGCAAUCGGGCUCGUCUCCCGACACCUUGGAAGCCCUGAAGAACCAGUACCGUGGGUCUGCCAUACGUUUCUUCGCAGCCAACGACAACGAGAUCGAGCAAGUCGCGAUCGAGCCCCGGAGCGAGCGAGCGUACCGCUACUUCAAGCGGCCGGAAGGCAGGGCGAAUGUUGCCGGGGUGCGGGGCACGCGGGUGCAGAACAUCUACGGCGCCGCCUACUUCCGCACGCACGCCGUGAGGGCGCCCCCGACGCUCGGCUGGUCCUACCAGGGUGUGACCACCCGCGUCUUGGUCGCACCGCCGUUCCCUCUUCCUCCGCUCGAAGAAACGCCCCCGCCUGAGGACCCAGAGCCUUCGUUGCCCGAUGGUUCGACGCCUGCUAGGCGGCAGGGCCUUCAGCGCUGGGGUGCGUUCUACGACGAAAAGUCCAACCAACCCGCAGCUCUCCCGGAGCCAUCCACCCCUACUUCUCCUACCUCCGCCACCUCCGCCCCCACGACUCCCCCGCAGCAAGGCGGCGAGGAGACCCCAGCACCGAAGACACGGCGGCGGGGCCAGCCCCUCCAGCGUUACAACGCGGUCAUCAUCACUCACCGCCCGGCGCUCGACUCGCCCUCCGUCCUCCCAACCCUCGACUCGCCCUCCGCCCUCCCGGCCCUCGAGUCCUCGCCCUCCGCCCUGACAACACUCGACACCCCUGGCACCGGCAGCGGCGCUGGGACCGCGCGGCCGUUCUCCCCUACCGAAUUCGCACGCCUGCUCGGCGUCGAGCCCGAGCCCGAGCCCGCCGUCCCAAGCCCCUCACACUCCCCCACCGAUCCCCCCCGCGCCCCGUCUCCGGCGCUCACGUCCACGCCCCCGCCCCCGCGCCCCGCCCUCCAGCGCAACUACUCGAUGAACAACGUCACCUCUCCCACCCCCCCGGGCCCCGUCGAGCAGGACCCGUACCAGACCUCGCGCGAGUACUUCCGGGAGCGCUACCCGUCGCCCGGGCUCGCCUUCGACUUCGGGGCGCUGGACCCCGAGGCGGAGCUGGGCGCGGACGAGCGCACGCCGCUCGCGUCCCCGACGCUCGAGAGCGACUUCGACUUCACGUUCUCGGCGGCGACGCCGCCGCAGCCGCGCGUGCACCCGCUCACGGGCGAGACCGUCGUCCGCCGCGGGGACUGGGCGGACGCGGAGGCGGCGGAGGACGCGCGCCGGCGCGCGCGGUGGGCGGCGCAGGCGCAGGCGCAGGCCGAGGCCGCGGCGCAGAGGGAGGAGGCGGUGCAGAAGAGGAAGAUGGAGGAGGCGGCGAGGCGGGCUAAGAAGCAGACGAAGGGGCUCAAGCUCGAGCGCUCGGAGUCGCAGCCGGGGCUGAGUGCCCUGUUUGGCGCGAAGAAGCGUGGGCGCACGCCCGCGGCGUCGGGUUCGAGGAGCGGCGCGCCUUCGCUCCUGGCUGGCUCGUCGGCGGCCUCCGAGCACAAGACCAAGACCCCGCACCGGACGUCCUCGCUGGGCUCGAACGCGCAGGCUGGCCCGUCGACGGCGGGCAGGACCCAGACGAAGACCCAGAAGCUCAGGAUCGAGCCGACGCUCCCCGCCACCCCCACGCACUCGGACGUCUUCGUCACGAUCCCGCAGCCCGCGCCGACGAGGUCGCUCGAGUGGCUCUCGCCCAUCGCCGCCUCCUCGACGCCAAAGGGCAGCGGGAAGGGCAAGGCACCCGCCGUGCUCGUCCCCGCGACGCCGCAACGCGCGCGCGUGGACGAAGGCGAGGACAGCUUGGAACGGAGCGCGGCGGCGCGAGUGGCCGGCUCGGACGAUACGGACGCGGACCUGGAGGAGGUGGAGAAGAGCCUCGAGCUCGCUGCCCCGCCGUCGCCGUUCAAAUCUGACCCGGCCAGCGCAGGCGUGCCGGAAGCGAAGCGCGUGCCCACGGCGAAGCGCGGCCGAGAUGAGUUUGAGGAGGACCUGCCGGUCGUCGAUGCGCACGACAAGGACCUCCGCCCGACGAAGAAGCUCCGAAGGGAGUUGUAG